AUGCCCACGCCACUUCCGUCUAGUUUUGCCUCGGCCGCCGCUGGCAACACCCACGACUCCUCGAACAGGAGAGGGGAUGGUUCUGCCGGUGGAGAAUGGUCUCGAACUCGCAUGAAUGGAGCAACACAGACUUUCCGCCGUCCGUCCGUUGCGACAAACCCUUCUCAUAACCGGGAUGCCAGCCAACCCACGUCGGCUACCACUCCCACCGUGGGCACCUACACUCCUCCGCAUAUGUCCUCGACCUACCAGUCCAGUGCACUCCGCAACGGAGCAGCUACCGACACGCGUUAUUCAAAGGAUCAGCUACUUAGUCUCUACAAAACCCAACGAGAGUCGGGCGUACUGGGGAAGAACGUUGCAGAUUACUUCGUAGCUGACUGGAAUCCCCACGAGACGUCACCCGUCAACGGCGCCUGGGGGAAACGGGAAGACUCGAAGGAUAACCCCUCCGGCCCGGAAGUGUGCUGGGAUCAUGGGGGCCAGGUCGAGCCGUUGGGCCUGGUAGAUAUGACGGAUGAUGAGAAAGAGUUAUUUACUCUCUCCGUCAACUCCCCCCUUAAGCCGCCACCGACGAACGCUUCGAAAGAGAACGCUGGCACCGGUACUGGUGGACGCAAGCUGUCUAUCUCCCAAGGCCAUAUGAAUAAUUUCAACACCGCAUCUCCCAGUGCUGGGCGCCCCGGCCCCAGACGCCGGGAGACGGGCGACUCGACCGGAAAUCCCAUGUCUCCCACCACCAGCGGCUCUCGCUUUUUCCGUGACGAACCGAACACCUCCACCCCGCCCCCAUCCCUUUUGCGCCGCAAGACCGAUUUCCGAGAUACCUCUUCCGCCGCCCGAUGGGAGGAGAAAGAGAAAGAAAACGUGGCUCGAGACGCAAACGCCGAAACUGCCUCUCCUUUCGGUUCUUUGAAGCGGAGUUCGACCAAUCCUUUGAGCGCGGCACCGGGCGCCUCGAAUUCUCCUUGGGGAUCUGCGUCGCAAAGUGCCAACUUCUCACCCAUGGGAGCGUUUGGUGCAUUUUCUCUGGGCACGGCUACUACCCCGACAACCGAAAAGAAGGCCGGGUUCGGUAGUCUCCGCGGAGAGAGCCGUUUGAAGGGGCUGUUUUCGAAGGAUAGCUCUGAGGACAUUUCGGCCUCUAUCAAGGAGAAGUCGUCCCUUAGUAGCUUGGAACGCCUGGGCGAGACGGAGGGCGAGAAGCGCGCUCAGUCGCCUUGGGGAGAGCCCGUGAAGACGCGUACUGGCCGCAGCGAGACGAACCCCUUCUCGGAGGAGCCUCGCAGUGGAAGUGCCGCGCUUGGCGGGUCUCAGGAAAUCAGCACUCCCUCUCAGCCUGCGGACCAGCUUGGGUUCUCGGCUUUCGGCAUGACCUCUAGCAUCCCUGGAUUCAGGGAAUUGAUGCAGAGCCAUGAGAACUCUCGUAACCCUACUCCGAGUCUGUUGCAGGGACAUGAACCCACCAGCCCGACCAACACGAACCCAUAUCAGAGCCCUCACGGCGACCGGGGUGGUGGCGACGAUGACGUGGAGACUGAUGGCUCCGACAUUCAGAACUCCACGCAUCCCGGCAUCACUGGUCUUCGUGAUACCUCGUCCGCGUUUGGUUCUAUCCGACGGGUAGGAUCGGGCAUCGACUUGCCUUCAAUCGAUCGCAGCCAGACGUCUAGUGCCGCCGGCAACCGCAGCUUCUCCAGCCUGGGUGGGCUGGGAGGUCUGUCGUCGCUGGGUGGUGCGGCAGGAUGGCCUACCAGCGCUGCUGUGGGUACUCCUACGCGGGAACGUUCGGCCUUUGCUGGUGGAUUUGGUGAUCCCAUCUUCGGCACGAUGGGUGAUUUGCAGUCCCCAAGCCUGUCGACCCUGGGCGGCAGCGGUUUGUUCAGCCCCCAUGCCGGCAUUUCUGGCACGGGCAGUCUGGGCCGCUCCAGCAAGUUGGGUUCUCUGUUCCCGGCCGCGAUGCAGGAGCAAAUGCAAGGUGAGCAGGGACGGUCGGAUCUGGCCGCUCUGGACGAGGCCGCUCGCCAACCUGGUAAGAACAUCGACGUGCCUGAGUAUGAGCAGGUCCUAAUGCACCAAUUAGACGCCCAACAGGAUAAGCCGGGCCAGACGAGCCAACCCGCAACUACCUCGGCUUCGCAAACCCCCGUGUCUGCGGUGGGCUCCAUUCCUACGUCGAUGGCACCCGAUGCACCCCCAACCAGCCAGACGCCUGGCCAAGCUGGAGCUCCUGGCUCUGUGCCUCCUGCCCAACAGCGGACCAUGGUGAUGCCGGAUCGGAUGCGUUGGAUCUACCGCGACCCGCAAGGCAACAUCCAGGGUCCCUGGACUGGACUGGAGAUGCACGACUGGUUCAAGGCAGGUUUCUUCAGUCCCGACCUGCAGAUCAAGAAACUCGAGGACCCCGAAUUUGAACCCCUUGCCCAGCUGGUGCGACGCAUCGGCAACUCGCGCGAACCCUUCCUGGUGCCUCAGAUCGGCAUUCCCCACGGUCCCGACCCCAGCCCUGGUCCCUGGACUGGGAACACUACCGGCACGGCUCAGCCUCCGUUCCCCGGCAGCUUCCCCAGCUUUGGUACCACCUUGACCGCUGAACAGCAGAAUGCGUUGGAACGUCGGAAGCAGGAGGAGCAGUAUUUGAUGGCACGUCAGAAGGAACACCUCGCUCAGCAGCAAGCGCUGAUGAAGCAAAUGCAGUUCCAGGGUGUCCCCCACACGAUGCACCCGCACCAGCUGCAGCAUCACUCCAGUGCCCACAGCCUCCACAGCCAGCCCAGUUUUGGCAGCAUCGCCUCGCCAGUCGGCUUCCAGCCCUCUCCCAUCCAAGCCCCGAUGCAGCAACCCCAGUCUGUUGCGGGCUUUUUCGAUGCCGCAGGACCGGUGAGAGCAAACCCACUGCCCAACAUUGGUCCCCAGAUGCUCGGCACUGAACUGGGCACUCCCCAGGAUCAGCUUCCCGCCCUCCUCGACCGCUUGAACGUGAACCGUCCGGAUCCUUUCGCAUUCGGCACCCCCGGCUCUUUUGCGGCUCGUCAGCCUGAUAGUCUGUUUCAUCAGCAGCAGGUUGCCAGCAUGCUCCAGGACCGUGCUCGUUUGCAACAGGAACAAGAACAGUUUGACAGCGCCCAGGGUGACAACCUCUUCGACCAGCAGGCACGGGAAGAGCGCCUCCGCCAAUUCCACGCUCUGAGAGCUCAGGAGGGUGAGUUGGGCCUCCGGACUGCCGAGGGUCUGCCCACGCACCCGGCCACAGUUCCCCAGCCGACUGAGCCCGAGGAAGUCGAGCCGGUGGCUGAGGCUGAGGAGCCUGCCCUGACGUUGUCGCAGCAGGUGCAAAAGGCCGCGUCUGCUCAGCGCAAGCAGCAGGAACAGUUGGAGCAACAAGAACAGCUUGAGCGCGAGCAGCAGGAGCAGCAAACUUCCGAUGUCGGUGAGGCCGCCUGGACUGCCAAGGGAGACAGUGCCAUGCCCCAGCCCUUCCCUCCGCCGCCCUCUGCCUCGCCGCUCCCGGCCCCGGCUGCUCAGCGCAACCGUCAGAAUGUUGCUGAGUCUCUGGCUGCCAACUCGCGUUCCCAGACCCAGACUCCCGUAGAGGCGCCGACCACUUCGAUCGCGCCUUGGGCAAAGGAAGCCAAUGAGGUGCCGAAGGGUCCUUCUCUGAAGGAGAUCCAGGAGGCCGAGGCCCGCAGCGCUGCGCAAAAGGAAGAGUUGGCGGCUGCUGCACGCCGUGCCCAGCUGCUGGCCGAGCAGGAGCGUCUCAGCCAAGUCCAGGCCCAGGCACCUGGCCUCCCGUCGACGGCUAACUGGGCCAGCGCUGGUUCUCCCGCUACACCUACAUCUUCAGGCUCAGUUUGGAACAACAAGGGUCAGGCUGCUCCCUCUGGCGCCGCUAAGAAGACUCUUGCACAGAUUCAGAAGGAAGAGGAGGCCCGUAAGCAGCGUCUGGCCGCUGCCGCCGCUGCUGCUCAGAGUGCGGCUGCCAGCCCCCCGACCGCCCCCUCUUCGACUGGAAAGCGGUAUGCGGAUCUUGCCAGCAAGGCUCCAGCGGCGUCUCCGGUCCCUGCUAGCGCCAGCACGUCGGGUGCCUGGACGACUGUCGGAGCGGGCGGCAAGCCCAAGCCCCCGCCGGCUGCUCCCGCCGGGCCUCGCUCGACCACCAGCGCAACUCCGGUGGCAGUUUCUCCCGUGAAGCCGAAGCCGGCGACUGUCGCGACUCCCCGGGCGGUUGCUGUCGCUACGCCUCCGGCCAACCCUAACCGCGCCGUGGAGGAGUUCACCAAGUGGGCCAAGCUUGCUUUGGGCAAGGGGCUGAACAGCAACAUCAAUGUGGACGACUUUGUACAGCAGCUGCUUUUCCUGCCUGCGGAGGCGGAGAUCAUCUCGGACUCGGUGUACGCCAACUCGCAGACGCUGGACGGCCGGCGAUUCGCGGAGGAGUUCAUCCGCCGGCGUAAGCUUGCCGACAAGGGCAUCGUGGACCCCGUGGCGGCGAGUGCUUUUGCAGAGAAGAACGCGGGCGGAUGGAGUGAAGUGGCCAAGAAGGGAUCUUCGAACGCGCAUCGUGAGGAGGACAACGGAAACGCAGCGUUCAAGGUGGUUGCGCCCCGCAAGAAGGGCAAGCGGUAG